UCCAGCUGUCAUGUGUUUACGUCUGAUUUCAGGAAAACACAACCGGAAUUAAUUGAACUGAAGACUCUGGUUGUAGAUGCCUCCAAAACAUCCUGUUUGUGAUUUUUCUAUAGUGCAAGUAUAUUUUGUUGAGUUUAUGUCUGUGUGGCAUCAGCCACUUUGCGUGAAGUUUCAUAUACCCCAUGACGCUUUGCAAUAGACUUGCUGGUGUGUGAAAAAUGUAUGGUGUGCUGCUCAUUCAUCAAACACACGCAUCCACAGACAGCUUUUAUACACUCAAACUCAGCAAUGGAUCUAAAUGAAUAUAUUAGCAUCUGAUCCUGACAGCUAAACCGUAGCACAGCAAUGUGACUGAAGGAUUGGUAGAGCUGCAGCCCCGCCCUUAGUUCUUUCCCAGAAUGCUGAGUCCGGUUCUCUGUUCGGAUCUCGCAGCCUUGGAGCCAGAGUACACAGAGGCUGAUGUCAUCUCUACGGUGGAGUUCAACCAGACAGGAGAGUUCUUGGCCACGGGUGAUAAGGGUGGGAGAGUUGUCAUUUUCCAGAGAGAACCACAGGGCGAAUAUAAUGUUUAUAGCACGUUUCAGAGUCAUGAGCCUGAGUUUGAUUACCUGAAAAGUUUGGAGAUUGAGGAGAAAAUAAAUAAGAUUCGCUGGCUGCCUCCACAUAACCCCGCCCACUUCCUCCUUACCACCAAUGAUAAGACCAUAAAGCUGUGGAAGGUGAGUGAGAGAGACAAGCGAGCAGAGGGCUACAAUCUCAUAGAUGAGGAGGGCAGACUAAAGGACCUUUCUACAAUUACAACUCUACAGGUCCCUGUGCUCCGGCCGAUGGAUCUGCUUGUGGAGGCGUCCCCGCGGCGUGUUUUUGCUAAUGCACAUGCAUAUCACAUCAACUCCAUCAGCGUCAACAGUGACUGUGAGACGUACAUGUCAGCAGAUGACCUGAGAAUUAACCUGUGGAAUCUCAACAUCACUGACCGAAGCUUCAACAUAGUAGAUUUGAAGCCAGAGAACAUGGAGGACCUCACUGAGGUGAUCACAGUGGCAGAGUUUCAUCCUCAUCACUGCCACCUGCUGGCCUUCAGCAGCAGUACAGGAACCACACGCCUCUGUGACAUGAGAGCCCGCGCACUCUGUGACCAACAUGUCAAAUUGUUUGAAGAGGCAGUGGAUCCGGCGGGUCGGACAUUCUUCUCAGAGAUUGUUUCCUCGGUGUCAGAUGUAAAGUUCAGUCAUAGUGGCCGUUACCUGCUCACUCGAGAUUACCUCACCGCUAAAGUAUGGGACCUCAACAUGGAAAAUAAACCAGUUGAAACAUACCAGGUCCACGACUACUUGCGAACCAAACUGUGCGCAUUGUAUGAGAGCGAUUGUAUUUUUGACAAGUUUGAAUGUGCCUGGAAUGGAACAGACAGUGUCAUAAUGACAGGGGCGUACAACAACUACUUCCGAUUGUUUGACCGGGCGAGCAGACGUGACGUGACUCUGGAGGCUAGUCGUGAGGUGUGUAAGCACAGGGCGGUCCUGCAGCCGCGGCGUGUGUGUGUGGGGAAGAAGAGGAAAGAGACGGACGUUAGCGUGGACAGUCUGGACUUCCAGAAGAAAAUCCUCCAUACCGCCUGGCAUCCCAAAGAAAACAUCAUCGCCAUCGCAGCCAGCAACAACCUUUACAUUUUUCAGGACAGACUGACACCCAACAUUCAUUCACAAUGCACAAAUACAAAGUGCGCCUCUCAAAUAACAGACACACCCAACAUCAGUGAUUCCACAUGAAUCCUUCUGUAUGUGGUAUUGCACUGUACAUCAGGGUUGUCCUUCCGUAUGUCUUUAAAAUUCCAAUUCAGUUGCUGAAUUUCAAUUGAGGUUGUAAACAGGAUGCAGAAUUGUAAUUCCACAUUGGAUUUAAGGUAGUAGAAUAUGAAAAUGGAAUGAAAUUCAAAGACAUUCAUGUAAGUGUAGUUUUUUAUAAUACAUUUUAUUUUCAGGAUGAAGUACCCUUAAACAUGCUAUCAUACACACAACAUAUGAGGUAUUUCCAAAAACAUUAGAUGGAAUCCAUUGAUACUAAAGGAAUAUCCUGGGUUUAGAGUUUAGAUCAAUGUACAGCAUCUGUGACAAUUUUGAUUACCACAAAAAAUAUUUUUGAUUCGUCCCUCCUUUUCUUUAUAAAAAAGUGAGCAUAAAACGAGGUUACAAUGAGGCACUUUCAAUGGAAGUGAAUGGGGCCGGUUUUUGGAGGGUUUAAAGGCAGAAAUGUGAAGCUUAUAAUUUCUUUAAAACACUUACAUUAAUUUAUCUGUUAAAACUUGUGUAUUAUUUAAGCUGUAAAGUUAUUUAAAUCAUCAUUUUUACAGUUGUUUUAGGGUUUGACAUUACAUCAUUAUGGCAACAAAGUUGUAAGGUAAGUGAUUUUAUCACAAAAAUCAUUUUAACAAGCAUACUGUUUGUGUAUUAUGGCUAUACUAUUGAAAUAGUAAGUAUUUUAACGUUUACAGAUUGGCCCCAUUCACUUCCACUUCCAUUGAAAGUGCCUCACUGGAACUUUGAUUUACAUUUUAUUUUUUAUUUUUUUUACUUUAUUAAAUUUAUUUAAAUGAACUUUUGUGGUAAUAACAUUAUGCCACAAAUGCUGUCGAUUGAGCUUAACUUGUAAUGAACCCGGAAUAUUCCUUUAAAUAUUUAAAUAUGGUAUUAAAUAUUUAAAAUGUCAUCUAUAGAAAUUUGCCAGAAUAUACUAUAUACACAAACACUGACAUUUUAAUAUAAUAUAAAUAAUAUUUUACUAUUAUAUAUAAUUUUAUAUAAUGUGUGUGUGUGUGUGUACACACACACACACACACACACACACACACACACACACUCACUCACUCACUCACUCACUCACUCACUCACUCUCUCUCUCUCACUCUCACUCUCACUCUCACUCACUACCGGUCAAUAGUUUUGAAAUACUUACUCAUUCUUUAUUAUAUAUAUAUAUAUAUAUAUAUAUAUUUUUUUUUUCACAUUUAGAAUAAUAGUAAAGUUAUUAAAACUAUGGAAUAACAUAAAUGGAACUAUGGGAAUUAUGUUGUGACUAAACAAAAUCCAAAAUGAAUCAAAACUGUAUUUUAGCAUCUUCAAAGUAGUCACCCUUUGCCUAGAAUGUGCAGACAUGUACUCUUGACAUUUUCUCAACCAACUUCUUGAGGUAUCACCCUGGGAUGCUUUUUAAACAGUAUUGAAGGAGUUCCCAUCUAUGUUGGGCACUUAUUGGCUGUUUUUCUUUAUUAUUUGGUCCAAGUCAUCAAUUAAAAAAAAUAUAUAUAUAUAUUUUUAUUUUUAUUAAAUUUUAGUUUUGUAAUGAAAUAAAUUAAUAAGUUGGCACAAUUAUAUUUUUGUCUACAAAACUAACUUCAAACAUUUAAGCAUACGCCUUCAGAUCAAAAGAUUUUUAAGAUCAUGAGAAACAUUUCAGUCAAGUGUUUCAAAACUUU